UUUAUUUCAGAUUACCCGCUAAAAUAAAACAAAGAAAUGGCACCAGAGGGAUAACUCAAUUGCAUUCAUCUCUGGAAAGUGGUAUAGUUUCAUGAUGUCGGUUUUACAUUUUAAAAUGGAUGACAUCGAAAAGAUUUUUGAUUCCAUGGACAAUGAAACACUUCAUGAUAUAUUCCCGGAUGAUUUGAAAAAUUCGACAACGCUAAAUAUUUUUCAAAGCAGUUCAGAUCCAUCCACUCAGACGGUCCUUAUUUCUGCCUUCGUUCCCUUGGUUGUGGUAACCUUAAUCUGCAACGUUGUUGUUUGUUACGUAGUUGGAAAGAACAAGAAAAUGCGAACUGUAACUAAUGUUUUUAUAGUGAAUAUGUCCAUUUCGGAUUUAAUUCUAAUUUUUCUGAAUGUUCCAUUAAAUAUUGCGAGACAUGUGACGCGAGAAUGGGCAUUGGGAGACUUUCUGUGCUAUAUGUUGAAUUUUUCUCUGAUGUUGUCAACCUAUGUGUCCACUUUUACUUUAACCGCCAUUGCCCUGGACAGACAUCAGGUAUUACUGUAUCCAUUGCAACCUCGAAUCACAAAAAGAAUCAGCUAUGUUAUUAUUUUUGCUAUAUGGUUUCUUUCAAUUUUACUAGCACUGCCUUACGGAUUUUUUACCAAAGUAGCGGAAACUAAUUUCAUUUUUGCAAAAUUGAAAAGGUGCACAACCGUUUUCCCCCAGCCAGCUGAAAAGUGGGAACAGGCGCUCACGAUAAGUACCGCGGUUUUACAAUUCUUUUUACCAGUUGGAGUUAUUGCUGUGGCAUACAUUCGAGUGAUUCAAAAACUUUGGUUACGGACUCAUUUAGGUGUGGUAACGGAGACUCAGAGAAGAAUGGAAAUUCAGAAAAAAAGGAAAACAAUAAAAUUAUUGGUUGCUGUGGUGAUAGUGUUCACAGUGUGCUGGGCACCCAUUAACUUUUAUCACCUUCUGACUGAUCUUCAUCCAAACAGGAUCACAUUCAAAUACAGCAGUGCUGCCUUUUUUGUAUGUCAUUGGAUUGCCAUAGCAAGUUCGUGUAUAAACCCUAUAUUGUAUUGUUGGAUGAAUCAGUCGUUUCGCGCAGAGAUAAAAAGACACGUGACGUGUUUGAGAUGUACGAUUAAAAAACGAAAUUGCUCCCAUGAAGUUGAUGACCCAUACACAAGAGAGACGAAUUCUCGAUUCAGACACGAACGAAUUCGGAGGUCUUUGUCAAACCCACUUAUUUCCUCCUCCUCGUCGGAUUCGCGACGAUCUGAGAGGGAACUUCCCAAAAAAUGUAAAUUUACUUGUAGGUGCACGUAUAAAUUAAGAAAUGUUUGAUAUGAGAGACACAUUCUUCCUUGCCUCAUUAGACUCGUUAUGGUACUAAAAAUACAAAUUCUUUCUGUACAUCUUAUGCUACUAGAAACCUUCCAAGAGGUUUACAGACUACAGUUUAUUGAGUUUAAUUGGGUAUUUUUAACACAAUUGUAUUUUAAAUUAUGUUUAAAUCUCUACUCCUAGCUGUCUUGGUCUCAG